GAGGGGAGCAAUUAGUUGCGUGGCUGCCGCUGCUGUCGGAGAGGACCGGAGGGGGGACAGAGGGGGGAAAGGGCAGCUCCCGGAGGCUCCGGCUCUUUCUCUCUCUCGCUUUUCCCAGCAGGCGCUCGCUCCCUGCAACGGGCCGAAGGGUUUCAGAUGUCCCGCCGCCGCCGCCGCUCUGACCCCCUGCAAAUAUAACCUGGCCACCAGAGGCACGUCUCACUUCUUGGGCCUCCCUGCCUGGAAGGUGGUGCAGCCAAGAGUGAGGAGGGGGGAACUGGUCUCGCCGCCCCCCCUCCCCAACCAGGAGUUGGGUGUUUAGGGGGCCAAAAGAGAGAACUGGCAAAGAGAUCCAGCUCGCCAAGAAAACUGUAGCUUUUUUUUUUCCCCCUUCCUUUUUCCAACCCGAAGGAUUAAUAAAGAGCCAGCGAAGCGGAGGGCAGGGGUGGGGGGCAGCGGUUUUCUGGAGCGCGUCGCCCCCUGCGGCAUGGAUGCGGGCGCCCUCCCUGCAGGCCAGAGCACCGCUCCGCGGGCGUUAAGCGGGCGCGCACCCCCGCCACUGCCCGCACGGCUCACCCUUCCAGUAUGUUUCUUUUCAUGAGGCUCUUCCCAGCGCCCAGAGCUUCGGGACCAUGUGCAAAUGGAGACUGACGCAGGGUGCCUCAGCCUUCGGCCACCUGCCUGCCUCCUCCUCCUCGUCGUCUUCUUCGUCCUUCUGCGGCUGCUGCUGUUUCGUGGUGCUCCUCUUCUGGAUGUCCGCGCUGGCUUUGCCCUGCCAUGAGCCGCGCCGGGACACGCCGCUCCCCAAGGCCCCCAACUCGUCCUCGUCUUCCGCCUCCGCUCCGGCCAGCGCCGGCAGGCACGUGCGGAGCUACAACCACCUCCGCGGAGACGCGCGCUGGAGGAAGCUCUACUCCUUCAACAAGUUCUUCCUCCAGAUUGAGCAGAACGGGAAAGUCAGCGGCACCAAGAGCCACGACUGCCUGGACAGUGUAAUGCUGAUUACAUCUGUUGAAACUGGAGUUGUGGCAGUUAAAUCUUAUAGCACCAACUAUUUCCUAGCCAUGAACAAGAAUGGAAAAGUCUAUGGUUCUAGAGCGUUUAACAAUGACUGUAAACUAAAGGAGAGAAUAGAAGAAAAUGGAUACAAUACAUAUGCAUCAUACUCUUGGAAACACAAUGGAAGGCAGAUGUUUGUGGCGUUAAAUGGAAGAGGAGCCACGAAAAAGGGGCAGAAAACAAGACGGAAAAACACCACAGCUCACUUUCUGCCGAUGGCUGUCCAGCCACAGAUAGACUUCUUCUAUUGAUAGCAGUUGAACCAAAGAUCAUUUGUCAGGAAUACUUGGUAAUCCUCUUGAAGAGGAAAGGCAGAAACAGAGCAGACGUCUGCUUGACUGAAAAGGGGUGGGGGUGGGGAGGAAGGCUUUGAAGGUUUUGUAGUUUCUGCUGGCACAUGAAGUCCUUCUAAUUAGGUCUGUGUCAUAUCUUAUAAUCAAGACACAAGCCGGAUCAAAUGGGAUAGGAGCUUUUUCCAGUGUGAACAAAUUAUUAUUAUUAUUUUUUAUCUCUGCGAUAGAACUUAAAGGACAAUGUAUGGAAUGAUCUUCGGGGAAAGUUAUUUAUGGAAUACUAACUCAUAUCAAAGACCUUUAUUGCUCAUCCAAGCCUGAUGAUCCAAUGAACAGUUAGGCAUGCAAGCAUUUACUGGAAGCACAUGGAUCAUACACAGAAAUAAAGGUGAUUCUGGAAUGGUCUUGUGGAAGACAUGAAUAGGAUUAAGAAAUAUAAGCACAUUAGAGUAAAACUGUUCUAACAAAAUAAAUAGUAUGGUCUCCCUUUGUAUGCUAACGCCAUGCCUUUGUACUUCUCCCUAAGUUAUUUAUUUAAUAGGAUGUUAAAUAUCUUUCUUUCUUUUUUUUGAAGGAUUUUCUCAGUUGCUUCCUGUUUUGUAAUUGUUCUUUUCUUCCUCUCAGUAUUUUUUUACCCAGUUGUAUGUUGAAAGCAUCCACAGGUGUCUGAGAGUAGGGAAUGGACAAGGCUUAAAAGAAAGUGUAGGGUUGUUGUUUGUGUUUUAUCUUUGCGUGGGGGGGGUUCUUCCUCCUCUUGAAACUGGGUUUCUUUUAAAUUUUGCACUUAUAAUCAAUAGGAUCAGAUAUGCAUGGGGAUUGGCACUGUGCAUGAUUUUGUCAACACCUUCAGUGCUCCCUCUCCCACAGGAACAGCAUUUCCCAUCAUGCAUCAUCUGAAGAGUCAUGCUGCUCUCCCACAGGAACAACAUUUCCUGUCAUGCAUCAUCUGAAGAUUCAUGCUGCUGUUUUGAAAUGGACAGAGUUGAACUGAUACUCAGAUGUGGGUUCAUCUCCAACUUAUUUCAGUUCAAUCCUUGAUCCCAGAGAGGCUGAAAUUUAAUUGGAAGUAGUCGACAGGUUUGGGGUCUUUUAAAAAAAUAGAUUGUGAGUGCAUCCUACCACAUCUUUGAAAAAAAAAUUCUUCCAAAUUAAAGCUGAAUUAAGUCUGUGGAUAUGAUAACAUCUGAGGGCACAAUUUGUCUCCUCCUCUCAACCUGUAGAAAAAGUAAGACAAAAAAGAGCCAAUUUUUGACUGCUUAUACUUCGGAAGAGCCCCAAUAACAAGAUACGUGGUUUGGAAAGUGCAUCCUGUUAUCUGAAAAGUGGCCCAAUCCAGGUAAGGGAGGAAAUCCUCUGGAGAAAGCAGUGUGGGGCUACACCAACACGUUUGCCCCCUCUGCUGACACAAGGGGCACCUUUGCUGCUGGAGGGGAGGAAAGUGGCAGCGGCAGUCAACUGCUCCUCAGCUCCAUGACAGCUAAAGCCAGAAGUCUAGGCCGCCACAGAGCUGCACUGGUAUCCCAAUUGGACACUGGAGUGAUGGGGGCUGGCUGAAUGUUCCUGGGGGUGGAGCCAAUAUUAGUCCAGGUCCCGAGUUUUGGACUUACGUCACCCUUUUGGGUGGCAUAAGUCCCUUAAGUCCUAUGGAGGGCUUUACAGUGGCUGGGGGUUUGGGGGGAUGUUUUCUCCCUCCUCACCGGAAAACCCUUUGGGGGGCAGCAGAGUGGUACCAUCCCUGACCACCUGUGGCUCUGGAUUGGCCUGGAACUUUCCCUUAAAUCUAAUGGGUUUUUAAUGCUACAGAGGAGCUGAAGCAGCAGGAUUAAGUAAUUCUAGUGUCCCAUCCAGAGCAGGAGCCUACCCAUACCCUCCAGGAACAAUGUGCGUACAUCAUAUGUGACUACAGCUCACAUCUUUUUGUGGGGGAGAGUGAGCAAGUUCCUAUGAAGAGAAGCAGCAUCUUUGUUGCUUCUGUGUAAUAUUUGAUAGCUGCCCUAAAACAUUUUGAAUCAGCUUUAUAUAGCAGUGUGGGUCAUGUCAAAUGGGGAAAGAACCUGCUACAACCCUACUGGUCUAGCUGGGAAUAAUUCCCUAGGGGAAGAUGUAGGAUUGGAUCCAGAGUCGUGUGUGUAUGUUUAACAGAUGCUGCCUGCACUUUCUGCAAGCAACUUGCUUUCAAAAACCUGGGUGGCAGUGACUUAAAAUGGCCGAAAGUGUACAGAGUGUGGUCAGCUGAGAGACCUUUUGUGCAAAACCAAUGACAGACUGUAAACACUGGGUGUCUGUGAGCAAGACCAAGUGCUUGUCUCUUAUUGUUCUGUGUCCACGUUGUGCUGCUUGUGAGAGGGGGCUGGAACAUUAUAUUUACUCUGUGCCAUUUUCAUAAUAUCCCUAUCGCCUUCCAAGUGAAAUGGAUUUAUUAGAAUGAAUGCACCCCAGAUGAGCAAGAUCCCAUCCUUCACACAGUGAUUGCAUAAUCUAAUGAGGGACAGUGACAUGUCCUAUUGGGGCAGCCACUGUGACCCCAGUGUGAAGCAACAACAUCUAUUGCCUUCUCUGAGGCAAUUACAAAAUUGAUUUUCAAACACCUUGGGAAAACAGUAAUGUCCAAAACAGAAACGUGCCCUCUCCCUCAAGUGCACUUGUGUCACAGGUACACAAAGGGCAGACCAUAUGAUAACUCUGGUUCUGGGAUGUACCACUUGUGAGUGCAGGUAGGGAUUACAUACGUGAAUAUUCCCUCUAUUAUUCCUAUUGCCUGUCUCCUCACAGAAUUUUUCCAUCAGGCUUGAAACACGUUAAACUGAAAAGUGUCAUCUCAUGACAAAUUAGUUUUCUGUCUGAGAUAGUAUAGUUUUGCUCUAUAUUGCCUGAAAUAACGGUGUGGGCUAUAUAAUAGCAGACUAACUCCAGUCAGUAGGUAAGAACCAUCAUUAUGGUAACAACAGGGAGACUAAAUCUAGGAAGUUCAAAAUAACAGUGAUAAAAAGAUGAUUAGUCUUUUCCUCCUAAUAUUCAUUUGUGUUAUUGUUGCAACCAAAAAUGGUUGGGGACACUUAAGAUACAUAAAUAGAAGGUUAGGCCAUGCUUCCUACUUAGCCAUGUUUUUGGAAGAUGCCACUUUGGCCAGGGGAAGACAUUCUAGAAAGAAUUACCAGUUACAUUUGGAUCCCCGAAAACUCUCAUUACAACAGAGGAGCAUUCAAACCUAUAGACCCUAUCCUGGUGUCUGAAGUAGUACAAUUCCAGAAACAGUUUUGCCAUGUGAUUUGUUGUUUGUAGAGCGCACUUGUGGGAACUAAUUGAUUCCAUUGUCCUUUCCAUUCCAACACUGUCUAGGUUAAUCACACCAUAGUGAACAAGUCUACUCUGAAGUUAGUGACAAGGACUGCAGCCACUGUUGGUCCAUAUGUGUAUAUAUAACUUUUGAGAGCCAGUCUAAAAGUAACAUCCGUGUUCUUCAUUUAUCAUAAUGUAUACAAUGGCUCUGAAAUGCCAUAUAUGGGACACAUUUUUAAUGGAGUGCUCCUAUCUUCACAGCUUACACCGAGUAAAUGCAGUCUUCAGUUAAGCAUACUAUCAACUUUGUUCAAUCUGAAAAAAAAAAGUAUAUGGGUUUUUUUGUUUUACUUUUUUUCUUUAACAUUAGAGAGCUGUGGAUAGUUCAUCAAUAUAACCAUAAUGAGAUUUCAUUUUGUUAGAGCAAGUUAAGUAGAAACUGUACAUCAAGCCAACAUGUACCACACUCUUCACAUUGUAUUCCACUAAAUAAAUGAAUAAAAGUGUAAUGUCUUCUUUGCAGUGUCUGUAGUGAGGAACAGAGGUAGUCUUAAGAAUAUUAAAUUUUGUUCAAAAUAAGUUAAGGGAUUAUCAUGAUGCUGCAGUUUUGUCUUCAGUAUUUUGUGUCACAAAAGAGAGACUGGUUAAUUGUGUCCCUUGGGGGAAAAAUGUGAAUGCUUAAUCUCUGCUAAGGCUGGUGAUUUUGUGAUAUUUUAACUUAUUUGUGUCCCUAUAAAACUAGGCCUUUGUAAGUUUUAGGGGGAGGCAUCAAGUCACAGCUGCCUUAUGGCAACCCCUGGUCAUGUUUUCAAGGCAAGAGAUGUUCAGGGGUGGUUUGCCAUUGCCUGCCUCCACAUCCCGAUCCUGGUAUUGCUUGGAGGUUGCUCAUACAAAUACUAACCAAGACUGACUCCACUUAGCUUCUGCGAUCUGAUGAGAUCAGGCUAGCCUGAGGCCAUCCAGGGGAGGGGCCUUUGUAACUAGAGCUAUCAAAGGAGAAGGGGUUGAUAUGCUCACCAUUCAUCUUAUUGGUAGAAAGCUAAUAAAAAUCUGCUGUCCUUUCCUCCCCCAUCCUUUUGCACACAUGCAACUCCAACCCUGGGCCAAGAUCAGUAAUGGGACUUUGAUACUUACAUCCCCCUUUUCAUCCAGCCUUUCUUUUCAUCUGUAUGCCAGUUAUAAGAUUGUUUUGUGGGAUGGAUAGAAAGGCUCUAUUAAGCCCUAACGUGAGUGUUCCAAUUGUAUGCGCUAGGUGAGAGAGAGAGAGAGAGAGAGAGAGUAUGCUAGAUUACAGCAUCUUCCAAAUUGUCUCCUCAUACUGUGAAAUGAUGAGACUGUAGUUCAUGUAAUUAAAAAUGUUUGCUCUACAAAGUGGAUGUUAAAUCCAUUGCAUAAUCCAGUGAAAUGAAUGCAAAUACACUAAGGGUCUAGUGUAGCUUUCUGCUUUGUUCAAGUAUGGCUUUCAGAGGAGAAACAUCUCGCUGCACUGUGCCCAAGCUCAAGCAAAUGAUAAAGCAUUUUGGCACGUGGUUAGUAUAUACCAUUAACUUUGCUUGUGGAUGAGCAGAAUGUUGAAAACAUGUAAAAGUACCGACAGAAGGAUUUUUGGAUGGAUAGUUGAGACAAAUUGAGCUAUAACAGAGUAACAAAAUGCUUGUCGUAUCAGGAGAGCACUUUCUUUGUGUCAUUGUUUAUUUCCAAGUGAUAAUUGCAUCUGACAAGGCAUGGUAGACCACCCGCAACAAAAAUUAAAAUGUUUGGUUGGUAAAUGAAGGAUUGGGUGACCAGUCUUAAUAGUGUCUAUGGCAUAAACUAGGUUCUCAUUUCAUGGAACCGUUAACAUUGAUGGGGGGAGGGGUGAUGUGUAAACAUUCAUAAUUAUACUAUUUCAGAAUGCUCAGAAGCUUUUCGUGAAAACGUACUACUGCUCACAGAGGCCAGGAAAUAUUAAAUACAGUGAAUGGGGGGGGGGGGGAUCCUGAAACAUUUUUCCUCAGUCUUAUGACCAUGUUUUUAUUUCCCUUGAUGAACUGUUUCACCCAAGACGAGGAUUUCCACAUUUAAUUUAAAUUUCAUGAACUUUAUCCAAAGUUUCCUUUGAAAUUUCCUCGAUGUCAUUUGGAAGAGGCAUCUCCCUUGAUUAAAUUUUCACAUUUGUUGAAAUCUCAGUUUAGGAACUCCAUCUGGAGAGAUUUAGCCAGCCUUAUCACAACUUAGCUGGCUCCACUUCAAAUUCCUCAACCUGAGGAAGAACAUCAAACUUUACUUCAGAUUUAAAU